AUGGCUGCUGUCGCCGAAAUCACCAAGUACCCCUGUAAUACACAGGAGGAGACAGAUCCAAGCUUUGGCCCUGCCCCCAUCUCUAACCUCGCUGGCACUACCGGCGACAAUGCCCCAGACGAGCCUGACUCUCUUGUUGUAGGCUUUGGGACUAUUGUGCCUCGCUGGGAUGUUAAGCCAAAUGGCGGGAGGAAGCUCGAGUACUUUGUUCAAACGCAGAGCUUCCCAUCCCCGGAUACUGCUCGAACUGCGGCUACAGCAUUUCAAGAAGCUGCUGAUUCCUGGAAUGAACUCAAUAUCGGCAUUUCGAUAAUUGAGACAACUGAACAAGCGAGUGCCAACUUUUACCUCGUGUAUAGAGUCAAUCCGUCUUUCGGAAAUGGACGGAACACACUUGCCCGGGCCUUCUUCCCCCAUGAAAUCGACCAGGACGUUAUCGUCUUCACCCGGGCUUUUGAUCGUAACAAUUUGCCCAUCCUGAAGAACAUCUUCCAGCAUGAGAUAGGUCAUAUCCUCGGCCUUCGACAUGAGUUCGCUAUCGAAGGCGAUGCAGCUAAGGACCUUUUGCCCGAAGGACAGGGUGCUGUCUUAUUAGGGGAGAAGAAUUACUUUUCUAUUAUGAGCUAUAACUUCCCUCCCAAGUUUCAAGACAGCGACGGAAACCAGACUAUUGGAUUCUACAACUUAGCAAAUGGACACAUGAUUAGCGGCAGUCCUGUGACUGACUUCCAGCCACAGAUUCGUCGCGCCAAUAGGUAG